CCUUGUUACAUGUAUCCGGUGUGACUUUAAUGAAUAUCGAUUCUGUUAUGAGUCUUUCUUUCCAUUUGUUCAUGUUUGUUUUUAGAAUACACACAUUGUCCCAAUCGAUAUUGUGGUUUUUGUCCCAUGCAUGUGCAGCUAUCGAUGAAUUUUUUUCAAGAUUUUUGUAAGCUUGUGUCCCUGUUGGUUGACCUUUAGUUAGGCGUUUAUGUUCAUUCACUCUUAUUUUGAGUGAUCUGGACGUUUGCCCCACAUAUUUAGUUGGACAGUCAGCACAAGAUAUUUUAUAAAUCAAAUUGUUUUUAUCCAUC